AAUUUAGAAAAAUAAAAUGCGCACAGAGAGUUUUCUUUCAUUGAAAAGAUCUCACUAUACCAAAGAAAAGAGAGAGUAUUUAACGCCAACGCCAAGACAUUUUUACAAAAAACUAAGAGGCUGUUGAGGAUAUUUUUUAAAAAUCUAGCGACAGUAUUAAAACAGUUGUCAAGUUAUAGAAAGGUAACCAUCUAUUAUUGUUAAAAUACAAAAGUGACACAAUGGCUGAACAAAAAAAGGCUCCUUUGCUUAAGAAAGAAGAAGAUUUCGUCAAAGCUCUCGAUGGUUUCAUCAAGCCUGAAGAUCAAGUAGCUCUUUUGUUGGAUUAUGAUGGUACCUUGGCUCCCUUGACCGAAGAAUUGUCGGUUAUGCCCAAGGAUACUGAAAUCAAUAUCAAGAAAUUGGCUGCCAAUGAAAAAAUCUUCAUGUGUGUUUUCUCCGGUCGUGAAUUGAACGAAAUCAAGAAUCACUUGAAAUUCCCCAAUGUUACCUAUGCCGGUAACCAUGGUCUCGAAGUUGAAUACCCUUCAGGCAAGAAAUUCAAGAUUGAAAUGCCCGAAGAAUUGUUGGAAAAACACAACAAAUUGGUAGCUGAAUUAAAGGAAAAGGUGGUCUGCUCCGGUGCCUGGGUUGAAGACAAGAAAAUCUCCGUUACAUACCACUACAAGGGUGUUAAUGACAAAUUGAAGGGUAAAUUGAUCGAAACCGCCAAGGGCUUGAUCCAAAGCCACGGCUUCCAAUUGAUCGAAACCCCCUAUGCUUUGGAGGGCAAGCCACGUGUCAACUGGGAUAAGGGUGAGGGCGCCAAAAUGAUCUUGGAAAAACAAUUCAAUGCCGAUUGGGCCAAGAACUUGAAGAUCAUCUACUGCGGUGACGAUACCACCGAUGAAGAUGCCAUGAAAAUGCUAUUCGGCAUUGGCAAAACAUUCAGAGUCUCUGAAUUGCCCACAUUGAAGACAUUUGCCAACUAUCAAAUUAAGACCGUUGAAGAAGUCGGUUGGUUAUUGAAGGCCAUUCAAGCCAACUAUGAAAAGAAGAAGAACUAAUAAUACAAAAUACGUUUAAUUAAAUAAUUUUUUUUGGAUAAUAACAGUGUUUAUUGUUCCACCUAUUUAUGGUGACAAUUAAAAGAAAUAAUUUAAUAUUAAAAAAGAAAAUACAAAAAAAAUGUAUAGGAAUUGCUUUUAUUAUAUUAAUUAACAAAAACAAAUAAAUAAAUUAAGUGGGGUAAAUAAAACAA